AUGUUAGCCAGUGUUGCCAUGUUUAAAAGUUCUGUAUAUCUAAUACUUGACGGCAUAAUAGUGUGGAAAGACACAAAUCUACUUGAUAUUUAUUGCGAAGAAGUGAUGGAAACGAUGGAUGAGAAGAGGAAUCGCAUACUAUUUGUCGGCCUCUCAUGUCUUGAUAUGGUUUAUGUUUGCAAUCAUUUUCCCGAAGAAGAUUCCGAUCAAAGAGCCGUUUAUAACGCGUGGAGAAGAGGUGGCAAUGCGUCCAAUAAUAGCACAGCUUUGAUGCAACUCUUGAAGUGGAAGUCUUGUCACGACUAUGAGGUCGAGUUCUUCGGCACCAUUGCUCACGACUUUCCCUCCGAUUUUUUGAUAAAAGACUUCAAUGAAAACGGAAUAAAAAUCGAGAAUAUAGUGAGAUAUGAAGAAAGUCAAUGUCCGGCCUCUACUGUCAUCAUAAAUGCCGAGAACGGGUCGCGAACUAUAGUCCACUUCAAUAAAAAUUUGCCAGAAUUGAAGUGCGAGUCGUUUUCAAAGCUAUGUUUUAACAAAUAUAAAGCCAUUCAUUUCGAGGGAUUGAGAAAUGUAUCGGAGAUCAGGAAAAUGAUAGCAUAUGUGCGCCAAAAGGAUUUGAAGCGAGAAAUUAAAAUAAGUGUUGAGUUGGAGAGAGCUGUCGACUCAUUGAAAGAUUUACUCAAUGAUGACAUCGAUAUAUUUUUUGUGGAGCGAGAGUUCGCGAAACUCAUGAAUUAUAAUACACUCGAAGAGACCAUUAAUGGUAUCGCAGAGAGAGUACAGCCCAACGCACUGGUCAUCUGUCCGUGGGGUGAGUCCGGCGCUCAGGCCAUCGACAACACCGAUAAGCGCAUACAUUCUUCGCCGGCAUUUACACCCAAAACCGGCGUUCAGGACACGUUAGGAGCGGGCGAUACCUUCUUGAGUGCAACACUCUUUGGUUUAUAUGCUCUCAAUUAUGGAUUAAAAGAGGCCAUUGUAUUGGGCUGUCAGGUGGCCGGUGCUAAGUGUGGUGCACUCGGCUUUCAACACUUACAUCAAUUUGAACAGUAUAUCUAAUUGAUUGCUUUUUGGAC